UCCCCUCCCCGGGCAGGGAAAGUUUGGGCGAGAGGCGAGGCGGGCGCGGGGCGCUCCUGGGCGGGCGGGCGGGCGGGCGGGGCUGGUGCGGAGCCACAGACCAGCCUCGCGGCCGCAGCGCCGGACCAAAGCAAGAACCCGAGCGGGGCGGGCAGGUGCCUGGCGCGAUGCCACCCGCCGGCAGGCUGCUGAGCUUCCUCUGCCUCCUCCUGAUGGGCACCGACCUCACGCAGGUGUUGCCUACCAACCCCGAGGAAAGUUGGCAGGUGUACAGCUCUGCUCAGGACAGUGAAGGGCGCUGCAUAUGCACGGUGGUGGCCCCUCAACAGACCAUGUGUUCGCGGGAUGCCAGGACAAAGCAGCUCCGCCAGCUACUAGAAAAGGUACAAAACAUGUCCCAGUCAAUAGAGGUGUUGGACAGGCGGACCCAGCGGGAUCUACAAUAUGUUGAAAAAAUGGAGAAUCAGAUGAGGGGAUUGGAAUCCAAGUUCAAGCAAGUGGAAGAGACCCACAAGCAACAUUUGGCUAGACAGUUCAAGGCGAUAAAAGCGAAAAUGGAGGAGCUUAGGCCCUUGAUCCCAGUGUUGGAGGAGUACAAAGCCGAUGCCAAAUUGGUAUUGCAGUUUAAAGAGGAGGUCCAGAACCUGACGGCCGUUCUAAAUGAGCUCCAGGAGGAAAUUGGCGCCUAUGACUACGAAGAGCUUCAGAACAGAGUGUCAAAUCUUGAAGAGAGGCUCCGGGCUUGCAUGCAAAAAUUAGCCUGUGGGAAAUUGACAGCAAUAAGUGACCCGAUCACAGUCAAGACAUCUGGAUCAAGGUUUGGCUCGUGGAUGACUGACCCCCUGGCGCCAGAAGGAGAAAACAAGGUCUGGUAUAUGGACAGCUAUCACAACAAUCGCUUUGUCCGCGAGUACAAAUCCAUGGCCGAUUUUAUGAACACAGACAAUUUCACUUCUCACCGUCUCCCACAUCCGUGGUCUGGAACUGGCCAAGUUGUGUACAAUGGCUCGAUCUAUUUCAACAAGUACCAAAGUCAUAUAAUCAUCAAAUUUGACUUGAAAACUGAGACCAUCCUUAAGACUCGUAGCUUGGAUUAUGCUGGCUACAACAACGUCUAUCACUAUGCCUGGGGCGGGCAUUCCGACAUCGACCUCAUGGUGGAUGAGAAUGGCCUUUGGGCUGUCUAUGCCACCAAUCAAAAUGCGGGGAACAUUGUCAUCAGCAAGUUGGACCCCAACACCUUACAAAGCAUCCAGACCUGGAAUACCAGCUACCCAAAACGCAGCGCAGGUGAAGGGUUCAUCAUCUGUGGUACUCUGUAUGUCACCAAUGGCUAUUCAGGAGGAACCAAGGUGACCUACGCUUAUCAGACCAACACUUCCACUUAUGAAUAUAUAGACAUCCCCUUCUUAAACAAAUAUUCUCAUAUUUCUAUGCUGGACUACAACCCCAAGGACAGAGCCCUCUACGCCUGGAACAAUGGCCAUCAAAUACUCUACAACGUCACCCUCUUCCACAUUAUCCGAUCUGAUGAAUUGUAGUCCACUUUUGUCUGGAAAGGAACUGAAUGCAUAACAGCAAGAAAGCAAGCAAGCAAGAAAAUAAACACAUGCAACCUAUUUUAAAAAAAUACAGAAAUUUUGAACCAGGGCAGCUGCCAAAAUAUGUGAGCAAGAGGAUGAGCCAGUCCUGAAAAACUUGCAAGAUCAUUACUUACAUUUCCAAUGUUCACUGAAUUCAAACGUGCUACAGACAAUGCAAAAGUUAAACUAAAUCACUUGUUUGCAGCUGGAACUGCACUUGAAAAAACACUUUUGAGGGGGUUUGGGGGGGGUGGGGGUAUUUCCCCCCGUAUAUUCCAAUAGCAGAGCUGUAGUUAUAUAGUACAAUGUAAGGCAAUGACUGUUGGAAAUUUACUGUUGGGGUGCGGGUGGGGGGGAAAUACAGUUCUCUCUUUUUUGGGAAGUUGCAUGGACAUUUUCGUACAUCACAACCAGUUUUGAUGGAUGUGUGGUUUGUAUUUGGAAAUAUGAACUUGAUUCAUGUUGGCAGUGUCUGAUUUAAAAAAUGGUCACAAAACAAAACCCAGAGGUCACGGAUUGGGGUUGCCAUUCCAUUGGAGCUGGCUACUAGCCUCUCUCUUUCGCUCUCUCUGUUUUAUGUCACCUUUAGAAUAACUGUUCAGAGACCCAAAGUAGCUAAUGGAUCUAUGUCUUUAAUAGCUAUAAAAAAUUUAAAAAGGAAAAAAAAAGUUUUCCAGUAUGUACUAUGGACAAAUUGUUGUACCCAAAUAUUUGUUUAAACUUAUGUAUCCAACCAAUAUCUUGUACAAUGUAUGUCUGCUAUUAACCAGAGGUGGCAAAACUUUGUAUGUCCAAGUUUAUGCAAAUGAAUGUUGUAAAUGCCAAUGAUGUCAUUUGGAUUAAUAAAUGAAGGUUUCAUAUCUUAAAAA